UUAGAAGCCCAGAUCUCUGAUUGAAAGCCCUUUGAUCAAGAGAUUUUUAUAGCCCAGCUUGGCCCAAAUGAAACCAAUUUCUACAGACGAUAGGUUGGACCUAUCGUAUUGUUCGUAUAAAACAACGUAAAAGCCCACACUGUCAUCGUAUCAUUAUUACCUUACGCCAUCGUCAUCGUCUUCUGUAAAGUAGAGUUCCCAUAGCAUCAAUCCCGCCCAUAUGUGGGCUCUCCUGAGCAACGGCAGUAUUCGAAUUUUACGCUAUUGCGUUGUUCGUCAUCCAACUGUACGCUCUCAGCUUUCCAGGUUUCGUGCCCUAAUUUUAAUGGAGAACACAAACCUUAAUAACACGACGUCGUCGUCUUUCUCAUGUUUUACCCAUUCGAAUACAAGUGGAGGCAGAGGAAGAGGCCGAGAGAUGAAAUAUGAUCGAGAAAGAUCCAGAGGCCGUGGUGGCGGUAGCGGCGGCAAGGACAAAAUUGAUGCUCUUGGUAGACUCUUGACACGAAUUCUGCGACAUAUGGCAACUGAACUGAAUUUGAAUAUGAGAAGUGAUGGUUAUGUCAAAGUUGAAGAUUUACUGAAGCUGAAUUUGAAAACAUUUGCCAAUAUUCCUUUAAGGUCACACACAGUUGAUGAUAUCAAGGAGGCUGUCAGAAAGGAUAAUAAGCAACGAUUUAGCCUACUGGAGGAAAAUGGGAUGCUUUUGAUACGUGCAAACCAAGGCCACACAGUAACGACAGUUGAGUCCGAAAGCUUAUUAAAACAAAUCCUUUCAGCUGAUGAAGUGCAAGUAUGUGUACAUGGAACCUAUAAGAGGAAUUUGGAAUCAAUUCUGGAGUCUGGUUUGAAGCGCAUGAAAAGAUUGCAUGUACACUUCUCAAGUGGCUUGCCAACAGAUGGUGAAGUAAUUAGUGGUAUGAGACGAGAUGUUAACAUUUUGAUCUUUCUUAAUGUCAAAAAAGCUCUGGAAGAGGGAAUGAAACUAUACAUUUCAGACAACAAGGUGAUAUUGACUGAAGGUUUUGAUGGGGUUGUACCUAUCAAGUACUUUGAGAAGAUAGAAUCAUGGCCAGAUAGACGACCUGUACCUUUUUGAAUGUUAAUUGGAUUACGAAUGAUCAUUUUUGUACUCUGUUUUAAAUCUGUGUUAUUAUCAUUUCAAUUUGAUCAGAUACAUUACUUCAU